UAUUUACAUGUUUGUGGUUAAAUGCAAUAUAUGAUAGUCCAUGGAAUUGUCCAGUUUAUGUUAUGUAGUUGAUGAGUAUGUUUGUAUAUAAUAUUGUCAAGAUAGUGACAAUGUUGUGAAAUAAAAUAUAAAUUUUAUAUCUUUUUAUUAUUAAUAAACAUUUGUAUUGCUAUUUAGUUACAUAAUGUCAACAGGAAAUUCAAGAAAACAACGGAUCGUGAAUGUUCUCCGUAGAUUUAAAUUUGAAGAAUUAGAAAAUGCUGUAUUACCAGUUUUUCCAGAAACUACGUGGAAUCAUGUGAGGUCCCAAUUGAUAAAACAUCAUGAAAAUUUUACAACUGCAAAUAUUGCUGCUAUUUUAGAAGAAAUAAUAAAUGAUACUAAAAUACAAGAGAAAGUAUUAAGACAACGAUUAAUGAAAUUAGAAUUAAUUGACAUAAGUAGACAUAAACGAAAGCAUUGGUAUACUUACAGUGUAUCAGGCUCUAAUAAUGAACCUCUUCACAUUGGGACUGGAGAUUUUAAACAAAGUGUAAAGGAAAAACUUGAUAGACAAAAAUUAUUGUCUACAAAAAUAGAAGUCGAUGCCAUAGUUUUUAAUGGUAUCAUGUAUUUAAGUAUAAAAUAUAUAAAGAGAAAUAAUGUAAAAGUCCCAGCAAAUUAUUUUGCUUUAUUCUUGGACCAAAAGUAUUUAUUUUCUGCCAAAAAAAAUCCCCCAAACAUCUUUAUAGAUGCAAUAACUCAUAGUAUGGGCUAUAAUAAACACAAAAGCAUUGAUUUAAGAGGUAAAGAUCUUAUGUCUUUAAUGAGAUUACUUCGACUACGAAUACAAGGCGCUUUAAGUGCAGCAGAUAUCAUAAAUAAAACAACGUACCAAGAUGCUCAACCUAUGAUCAGAGAUACAGGUAUUGAUUAUACACAAGAAAGACAAAGGAGAAAUUUUACAGAAAAUUGUUUUGGUGUAAAUCCACCAACAUUAGAUACACUCGUUGUUAGGGGACCAAAUAGUUCUAUUAGUGAUAGAGAAAUAGCAUCACGAUUAACAAAUGAUAUUAUUCAAGUAGGGUGGGAGUUUCGUAGCGAAGAUGUAAUUAUGUUUUUAACAACUUUAUUUGAAAGAGGAAUACUUCUUGCUCCUUUACCUCCUUAUAUUUCUAAUCUUAUGUCAAUGGGAAGGAAUGAGUUGACUCUUGAAGAGUAACAAUUUUGUAAUAUUUAGAAAAAAUAAAUGAUAUUCAUAAUA